AUGGCGGACACUGCCUUGAAGCAUCGAGCUGAGUUUGCCUUUGCUCAGCUUGAUAACGAGAGAUCUCUGACAUCUCUUCGUGACGAGCUAAGGGUAGCUCGUGGGAUUGUUGAUCGGUCUCGGGAUGAGAUAACUGCUCUUCAGACCCUUGUUGAUGCCCACCAUCGGGAGCACAAGGCUCUCUGCGAGAUGCUUGAGCGCAAGGGCGUUCUUCAUCGGAAGAAGCAGCAUACUGAUGGUACGGCUUAA